AUGAGUUUAUCUAUUAGUCCAUUUAAAGUGAAAGCAGUAUAUAGCUGGGGUGGGCAGGAUAGAUCUAAGGAUCUUGGUUUUAUAGAAGGUGAUAUUAUUGAGGUGUUGAGGGUAGGUCAAAAUGGACAUAUCUAUUAUGGGAAAUCAUUACGGACAAAGCUAUUUGGAAACUUUCCUUCUAAAUAUGCUAAAGUUCUGCAUAUACAGGAAAGUUCAUCAUCACACAGUUUGAAUGGGUUAAAGAAUUCUGCCCGUUUGGACAACGAAGCAUACAGCAGGAUGAAUGCAUCUACACCAUCUCUUCACACAAUUAAGGCAUCCUAUUAUGAUAGCCUUCGUUCAGAUUCGCAAUUGUCGUCGCCCGAAAAUUCUGAGAUAUUUUCCUUAAAUCAUCAAAGUUACUCAUAUUCGGAUUAUGAAGACCAAAAGGUUAAAUCAAAUACGAAGACAGAUGAAGAAGUUUUAAGCCAACUUCCACCAGUUCCACCAAAACAUAGAGUCAAAGCUAGUUGUUCUUCUCUUGAUUCGUCGGCUAGUUUGUCUUUGGGCAAAGAAGCUCGCUCCUCAUAUGUUCAGCAAUUGCUUAACUCAACUAGCUCUGCGGACACAAACAGCUCAUCAGCAUUCGGAUAUUCAGAUUUGAGUGCGACGUCCGCCGGCUCUUAUACGAGGCACAAGAACCAGAGGAACAGUUCCAUUAUAGAUCAAAACAAAAAUAAAAAUGUUGCUAAGCUGUUCGACGAUACUGAAAAUGAGAACCACGCGGGCUUUUUCAAAAAAUUGCUUGGGCGGGAUAAAAAUCAUAAGCCUUCUUUGGAUGAAAAGAUAUUUAGGAGCUCGCAAGAACAACUCACAGAUCGGGGUAUGGAAACUUCUAGCAUACCUAUGAAUCUGUCUAAGGAUUUGGAAUUGAGGGAACAAAAACUUAAUAGAAAGAAACUAGAUCACGAGUUAGAUAGAGUUAAGUCAUUAUCAGGAAGGGAGAGAGCUCGAAGAAAAUCGCGUGCACUUCAAGAAGAGCCGGGUCUGAUUCUGCAACCACAUAGAUUUCUCAGCAAUGUGAAUAAGAAUGAGCUUAUUUCUGAAGUAAAGCAUAACUUCAGUUUGGAUUCAACACCAUUAGCUCACGUUGAUCGUUAUAUAGAUGAAAUACCACCAGAGAGAUGUAUUGAUUUGGACGCAAUGGUACAUCGACGUAUUGAGAUCCAUUUUAAAACGAGACUUGAAAGAACGAGGGCUGUCUAUACAUUUUUAGCAACAAAAUUUCAGCUUGUUGAAUCUCCAGAUGAAAAGCUUAGUACAAAGGUUAUGCCAGGUGCGGAUUCACUAAAGGAAAUUCUAUUUUCUAGGAAAUGUACGGCACAUCAACUUACAUGGCUUUUCUUCUUGAUGGCAUCUGCUCUUGGCAUUGAUACAGAAAUCAUUCUUGGUCAUUUCAAGAAGCCGUUUGAGUAUGAUGAUCCUUCCUCUUCGACACGGAGGGGACUGUUAACAUUGAAUCAUUCCUGGGUAUCAGUGCUACUAGAAGGUGAGUUUAGGCUAAUUGAUGUGGCAUUGGGAAACCCAACGAAUACUGUUGUUGCCAACGAUCUUUCAUUGAAUAGCGGUUCAAUCCUGGAGGAAUAUUUCGAUUUUUAUUUCUUGGCAAAACCUUUGGAACUCAUCUAUACUCAUGUGCCUUUGCACGUAGACUGUCAGCAUGUUGUGCCACCACUCGAUCCAUUGGCACAGCUUGCUUUACCACCAUUAUAUCCAUCAUUCUUACAAAGUGGAUUACGUCUUUAUAAAUUCAACCAGGCAAUGUUCAGACUUCAGGAUUUGGAGGUGAUCAAUUUUGAUCUUGAAAUACCAUCUGAUUUUGAGAUUAAAGCAAUGGUACAGCCACUAGAUGAAGAUAACUACUCUGCGGAGAAAUCAUUCGUUCAAGUUUACUGGAAAUCUGGAAGAAGGUUGGCAAAAAUUAAAACAGUGUUACCUCCAAACUGCUCAAUAGGAUUUCUCACUUGCUAUGGAAGGGCCUCUGUAAGUGAAUCUGAUAUUCAGGAUAAAGGCCAUUAUAGUUUAAAGACGUUCAGGGAUAAUUACAGUAAUUUCUCAUUGCUAGUUUCCAUUCCAUGUUUUCACAAAGGAAAAUUUAAUGAAGUUGAUUGGUGCCGCAUCAAUCCAUUACCAGUAUCAAUAUCAUUACACGAUAUUUAUAUCAAGGAACCACAAACAUACAAUCUUUUAUUGGGAAGAUCAUACACAUUCAACAUAAAGGUUUAUUCCAGAGCUGAGGGUCAAAUCUCGGAAGAGUUUCGGUGUAUGCUAAUUGCACCAUCGGGAGAAUUUUCGGAAUUUCAGAAGAUUGUAGAUGAGGUGUGGGAGGUCAGAAAGACUUUAAGAGAAUGUGGGGAGUGGAGGUUAGUUGUCCCAAAUGAAAAUACAGGAAAAUGGCAUGUAUAUUCAAAAUGGUACUGUGAGUGA